AAAUUCAACUCGGACUUUCUCGGACUCACUAUUGGCGGUACAAGCAGUUGCCGACAACAAUGAGUCAUGCGGCUACACUUGUUCAUGGGCCAAUGAUAUCCGUGAUUUAUUGUCGGAAACUCCAGAAUCUAGACGACAACUCUGUCACAUGCGUCAAUCGACAAACAAAGUUGUUCAUGCUAUUGCGUCUUUUGCUUCUUUUUUUAGCUCCUUAUUCUUUUGGAAGGUGGACGCUUUUCCUUCUUGGCUUAAGAAUCUUGUACAAAGACUCUGAUCAAUUAAUAUAAGUUCCUUAUCCAGUCUCGCUUGAAAGACGAUAGCGGGAUCAGUACCUUUAGGAAAAAGCAAACUUCAUUCCAAAUGUUUUUUAAUAGCCGGCCAAAACCCUAACCACUAAACCCUGUUAUUCGAAAUAACAUCAGCGAAGACCGAGUAACCGAUGUUGAUGAACCCCAGCCGUCGAUUCCUCGCCGGAGCUUCGGCGUCCGCUCGAGCCCUAUCCACGGCGACUAAAGCAACGACGGAGGCUGGGCCGCCCGAGGACCGUUUGUACCGGAGAUUAUCUGCACUGGGGAACAAGAAAGGUACUGUCGCGAGCACCAUAAAUGAGUACAUUAGAGAGGGACGACCUGCCGGAAAGUUCCAGCUCGACGCUUGCCUUAGGGAGCUCCGCAAAUACAAAAGAUACGGCCACGCUCUCGAGAUAAUGGAAUGGAUGGAAAGUCGAAAAUUCACCUUCGGGAACAAAGACCACGCCGUACGAUUGGACCUAAUUGCAAAAGCCAAAGGCAUAACCGCAGCCGAGAAUUUUUUCAACGGUCUUCCGCCAUCUGCUCGGGUCCACUGUACUUACGGCGCUCUCCUAAACAGCUACUGUGAACACAAAAUGACCGAAAAGGCGCUCGAAGUGUUUUCAACAAUGCAAAGUGGAAAAAUGAUAAUCCGACCUCUUCCGUACAACAAUCUCAUGUCUCUGUACAUAAAAUUAGGGCAACCCGAAAAGGCAGUCUCUCUUGGUGAAGAAUUGAAAAAUAAUAAUAUUCAGCCCGACACGUUCACUUACAACCUAAUCAUGAACGCGUACUCUUCCAUGGACGAUUUCGAGAGUGUCGAGCGAGUUUUUGACGAGAUGAUGCAGAAGAAUGAAAAGCAGUGUAAUUGGACAAGUUACAGUAACUUGGCUAUUCUGUACACUAAAGGCGGGUACCUGGAGAAAGCUGAGCUGGCGCUGAGAAAUCUCGAGAAGGUAAUGGGGCCAAACGAUCGGGAGGCGUAUCAUUUCUUGAUAAGCUUGUAUGCGGGAAUUCACGAUCUUCACAAUGUUCAUCGUGUUUGGAAGGAUUUGAAGUCGAAGAUGAAUGUGGUGACUAACAAGAGCUAUCUCAUGAUGCUUAAUGCUCUUAGGAAUCUGAAAGAUGUGUGUGGCGUGAAGAAAUGUUACGAGGAGUGGGAGUCUACUUGCCUGACUUUUGAUAUUAGGCUGCCGAAUACGGCAAUUGGGGCUUUAUUGGAUCACGAUAUGAUUGAAGAGGCUGAGACUGUGCUCGCGAAUGCGAUUGGGAAAACGGAAGGUCCGUUUUUUAGAACAUGGGAGAUGUUUGUUGUUUAUUUUCUGAAUAAAAAUCAGGUGAGGAAGGGUUUGGAGAUAAUGAAAACUGUCAUGUUGAAAGUUCGGGAGAAAGAGUGGUAUCCUAAGCAAGAAACGGUGGAGAAAUUUCUCGAAUUGCUUGAGCAGGAGAGUGAUGUGGGUGGCAUUGAAGAUUUAUAUGAGUGCAUGAAGAGGAUAAACUGUGUUGAUCACAAAUUUUACGUGUCGUUACUCAAGAUUUAUGUUGCGGCUGGGAAAAUAUUGCCCGGUAUGCGUGAGAGGAUUGAAGGGGAUGGGGUUCAGAUUAGCAGUGAGCUCAAACGCUUGCUUGAAAGUGUGUAAGAAGGAUGAUUCCCUUUUCGAUUUUUCGUUUGUAGUGUUGAUAUUGGGAAGGACAACAAGACUGAUUCUUGGAUUUUCGAGUUAUCUUUUAAGUAUUAAUCUUGUUGGUAGGGCCUUUUGGUUAUUGAAUGUUUUAAUUUCGUUUGCCGGUAAAAUUUUGAGUAUUAAUCUUGUUGGUAGGGCCUUUUGGUUAUUGAAUGUUUUAAUUUCAUUUGCAGGUAAAAUU